AUGAACACCGAACAAACAGCUCUACUCGCCAUCCGGAGAGAGGGGGCAGACAUUAAUGUUAAAUAUCCACCUGGCGGCCUGACACCCUUAUGCUACGCUGCUGCAUAUGGACAUGGAGCCGUGGUGAAAGUACUGCUUGAGACUGGGCGAGUGGACGUGAACUCUGAAGACUCCUAUGGUCGAACACCGUUAUCCUACGCCACUAUGGAGGGGCAUGAAGCCGUGGCGACAGUACUGCUUGAGUUUGGACAAGUGGAAGUGGACUCUAAAGACUCCCAUGGUCGAACACCAUUGUCCUAUGCUGCUGGCUAUGGACAUGAAGCCGUGACGAAAGUGCUGCUUGAGAAUGGGAGAGUGGACGUGGACGUGGACUCUAAAGACUCCUGUGGUCGAACACCGUUAUCCUACGCUGCUGGCUAUGGACAUGAAGCCGUGGCGAACCUGCUGCUUGAGACUAGGCGAGUGGACGUGGACUCUAAAGACUCUCUGCAUCAGACCCCAUUGGAGUACGCCAUGAUGAGGGGGCAUAAAACCAUGAAGAAGUUGUUCAUUAGGUAUUCUAUAUAG